CGGGAGAUUUGCUGCCUUACGGCGAAUGCUGCGCCGGAGACCCGGGUUCGAUCCUGACCAAAGACACUAGAGUAUCCUCUAGUAUUUUUGAUCCUGACUACGGGUGCUGUCUGCACGGAGUUCGCACUUUCUUCCCGUGAAGACCUACAUGGGAUUUCGCCGGUUUCGACGUUCAGCCAGACGCUGCCUAACCUGAAUAUUUCCAUAAUAUUUGGUUGCUUCACAUUUCCAGCAUCUGCGGUCCUUUUGAUUCUCAUUUCUUGGAGGAAGUGGUGGUGCAAGAUGUACAAGAGGGAGAAGAGUAUUCAGAUGAAGAGCAGUAGCUCUGCCCUUUACAACAACCUCAGCGUGCUACCCAUCCCACACAAGAAGCUGACCUACUUUGCUGCCAUCCACGGCAGCCUAGUCAACCUGGUCAGCUCCUCCAUUGAUGGCCUCAACCUCUCCCACAGACAGCUGCAGUCCAAGGAGGGAGGCAGUGGGCAUGGCUCCUCCCUUAUCAUGCAGGCAUCGUGGUGCGUGCUGCCCUCUCGAACUCUCCUGGUGUUGGCAUCGCAGAAAGGCAUCCAGAUGUAUGAACCGGACGGCUCCAUCAUGGUGUACUGGCACGCAAUGGACACCCCGGAAGCACAGACAGAAGCGGUCUUUGCCCGAGGGAUUGCAGCAACAGGAGGCCACUACAUCACUGUGGGCUCCUCCACGGGUUCCAUCCUGGUCUUCAAUAUCCCUGCUAAAGGGACCAACAUCACGGUGUGUGAAGUACUGGAGGAACACAGAGACCCCAUCACUGAGAUUGCCAGUGACUGCGCUGGGGAGAAGCAUUGUGGAGCUGACCUGGUGACAGCUGAUGAUUCUGGGCUGCUGUGUGUCUGGAAAUCAGGUGACGACUUCAAACUGCUGCACAAGAUUCCAUCGUAUGGGGUGAGCUGCAGCUCGGUGCGGAUGUGGGCCGGGGUGAUUGUGGGGGGAUACGGGAACGGAGAGAUCCAGGUGUACGACGCAGAGAGUGGAGCCAUGCAGGUGGAGGUGAAAGCUCACGCCCGCUGGAUCAGCAGCCUGGACAUCGCCCCCGCCACAGGCAAGCUGGUGUCGGCAGCUGAGGAUUCCUUCGUCAGCGUGUGGAUCCUGUCCCGCAGCCCAGAGACCAACGGCAUUGAGAUGGAACAUCUGCACACAGAGUGUGUGACGGACAUCCUGAUGUGUGGCGCCAGGUUCUGUGACCCUGAAGGCAGCUCGUUUGCGGUGAGCGGAUACGACCUGAGUGAGAUCAUCCGUUUUGUCCAGGUGUAGGUGAGGGUGCCGGGUACAGGUUGCCCCUAACGCCCGCUGACCCAGAGCACACAGCCUGACAACAGCUCUGCCCCUCCACUGGGCCCAGUGGGCAGCUCUGUAUCUGCAAAGGCGGCCUGGUCUUUGUGCCCACUGAUUCUCUCUGUGUCCACACCGCCCUUGGGCAGCUCCAGGCUGUGCCACACAGAGCACCCACCACCGGCUCGUCUGUCGCCCCGCACCCACCACUGUCUGGGAAUCUAAACAAAUGGUGCUUUCACUAAAGCUGGCCGCACGCACACGCACACACACGCACGCACGCACGCACGCACACACACACACACAAAAACACACACACACACACGCACGCACACACACACACACACACACACACACACACACACACACACACACUUCUGUCCUUGCUUCCAGUGGUCAUCGCAACCCUCUCUCAGAACAGUGAAAAAUGUUUCCCCUUGAUCAACAGGACUUCGACAACAAACUGCCCGUUAAUUAGUUCAUCAGUCUUACAAUACAUCUCCCAUGUUCAGUGUCAGUCUGUGUUACACUACAUCUCCCAUGUUCAGUGUUCGUUAACCUUUGCAAAUUGAGUUUGUUUCAAGAUGUUUGGAUGCUAUUUAGGAAGAGAAGGCUGUUUUAAUUAUUCAGCUGGCAAUAUAACAUUACGUGUGACGUUCUGCUUUAAUAAAAGUAAUCUGUAUUAAGUCUGCAGA